GGGGGAGGAACGAACCAGUCUAUAUAAAGCCCUGCUCGGUGAAGCAACGGCAGCGAUUGGUGGCUCCCGGUACGUGCACUUUGUAUAUAUACAAUAUCCGCAAACCCGCCCGACCGGAUCCUUUCUGUAGCUGUUUCUGUCGUAAUGAUGAUAAUGAGAAGAGGAGUUUGACGGUACUAUUCCCAGUGAUGACGCACGAGUGUGUCCGGCGGUGCGAGGGACGCCAUAGCUCGCCCAGCCACAAGCCAAGUCGCCCUCUCGCUCCUGCCAGGGGCGCCAUGAUCGUGUGGCUGCUGCUGGCAGUGACGGGCGUCACGGGCGAGCCGCCGCAAAGGAGGUUCCUGCCCCAGGAGACACGCCUACAGUAUGCCCGCACUAUCGCCACCUCUAUCCUGAGCCGCACACCCCCCGGAGCUCAGCUGAUUGGCGCCCGGGGAGAUCUACCACCAUUGAUAGAUCGUCUGGUAUACAACGCUUCCUCUAUACGCCGUAACAUCGUCGACACUUUUGACUGCAAUGGUCGGGUGUAUGGCUACUACGCUGACCAGGACAAUGACUGUCAGAUAUUUCACAUCUGCGUCCCGAUGCAACAGCUGUUCCCAGAUCUGUACGACUUUGAGGAUAUCUUCCAUUUCUCGUUCAUCUGUCCUGGAUACACCAUCUUCUCUCAGGACUCGAUGACAUGUGACUGGGAGGACUGGGCCUUCCCCUGCCCUCAGGCGUCGGAACUUUACCACCGCAAUAAUCACUUCUUCGUUGUUCCUGCCGAGGACGUGCAACGGACAAGUACCACUCCUAGCUCCACUUCCACCACGCAAACCCCACGUUCCACUCCCAGCCCCAGCCCCAGCAGCACUCCAUCACGCCGUCCUCCAUCUUUCCUGCUUCGUGCCUCCACCCUCUCUCCUCCCAAAACAAGCCCCAGCCCCAGCUCCACCCCCAGUCCCAACCUCAGCCCCAGCUCCAGCUCCAGCCCUAGUCCUAGCCCCAGCCCCAGCCCCACUCCCAUCCCUAUAAGACGUUCCUCAACUCGGCGUCGUGGCUUCCCUCUUCCUCUCACCCACAGUUCAAAUUUAAGAGCUGCCUUCCGUCGCAACCGCGCUAUGCUCUUAUUUUCUCCCUCGAGACGCUGACCCUCUGCAAGGUGGCGCAGUGACUCACCCCACAUCACUUUCUUAGAAUCCUUUUCCUUUGUUUUCUCCUUCAUUUUUCUUUCCUCCCUUUCCACCUCCCAUAUAUUCCUUGAUCAUUAAUAUGGCCGGCUGAAGACAAUCGGUCGCAACUUGUGUGAUUUAUGGGCAUUAUUAUUUGUAAGGCAAUUUUCCACAACCCCGAAUUGCUCUAGCUGUGUGUGCAGCGUGGCAUCAUAAUAGGCUACAUUCAGUCAUUCACAUUUUGUGUAAUAAAACAAGACCGAUCCAGUGGUCUUGUUCAAUGUAGUGACUUUUUUCCUGUAUCACGUAUACGAGACACAGCGGCAAGGAGGAAUCCUUGUAAAAAUACAAUCAGGUUUUAUUUAUUUAUGAUCAUUAUCAUAUCUAUUAUAAUUAUUAUUAUCAUUAUUAUUUUUAUUAUUACUACUAUUAUUGGAGGAGGAGGUGAAGAGAAACACAGGUGUAGGGAGGUUCCCUUGAAAAAGUACCAACGAAACUAUUUUUUUAUAGUCGGGAAUAAACUCACCUCCCUACACCUGUGUUUCCCUUCACCUCCUCCUCCAACUUGUCUGAAUGUCUGAACUAUUACUA